AAACGCAUCAAUUUCUUUGCUCUUUACACAUAUAGAGGACAUUAGAAAGGUGUCAACUUCAUAAGAGAGAUUUGCCGUAAAACUAGUUGCAGCAAGAUCGUGCUAUAUUUUAGCUCAUGUCUAAUGAGGCUUUGACUGGCUUAUUUGGAGCGUACGGAAGCGAUGAGGACGAAGGGUCGGGCAGUGAUGAUGGAGCAGCAGGCACAGGAGCAGGUGUGGUCUUGCUGGAAGGGGACGCCGAGAUACAUGAAGGCGAAGAGAAGGAGGACUCAGGUGAAGAAGUUGAUCUGUCAGCCUUAUUGACACCCUCCAGGUUGCCAGAGGUCCAGUCGAUGAGCCAGCUUGCGCCUCUUCCUGGAAAUAUCGGCGGCAGCUUCCCAGAUUUGCAGCCUGGAGAUGCAGCAGCGCGUUCUGGUGGAGUAGCGAGCACAUCAAAAGAGACCAACAGGCCUCAGCUGCCUCCUGAGCUGGCAGAACGCCCUGCGGGCGAAGUGGACCCCCAAAUGAAGGCCAAUGUGGAUUCUGCCAUGAGGGGGAAGGCACAGACAGGAAAGCUCUUCAAUGAAGAGCUCAAGAGAAUGCGGGCCUACAAGAACCCGGACUUCCUGCAGAAGAUGGUGGAGCAUUUUGGCAUUGAGGAUAUUGGGAGCUGCUAUCCAAAAGAAGUCUUUGACCCAACACACUUGCCCAAGGAAGACUACUACAAGGAAUUGAUCAAAGCGUGGGAGGCUGAAGAGAGUCUAAGGAGGGCUGAACGCAACAGGGUGGGCGUUCAGUUUCAGAGGGGCGCUCCAGAGCAGCCCACGGCAUUACCUAGAGGCCUUACUGGAUCCAGCACCAGCGCCAGCGCCGCCACGAUAGCUGCCAAGGCACGGGCGCAGACAUCUGCAAGCGCCAAGAGAAGCAAAUGGGACAGCGCACCAAAGCGUUGAGAUCUUGCCACUGCCUUUUUGGUGAAUGCGAGUAUAAGCUAGCAAAGUGCACCACCGUACUAAGAGGGCUGAUUGUCGAGGUUCCUUGUUAGUGGGAUCUAUCAGGGGUCCCUUGUUUUCAGUCUGUUUGUACAGGACUGCAUGCAGCAAUGCAUGUCUGCAUUAGAAGAUUGCUAGCUUGUCAUGAUUAUGAUCAGGUGUUGUAGAACGUCAAAUGGAACGUCAUUGCUUGCAAGAGUGCAAUUUCUGAUGUGUACCC